AUGGCGGCUUCUUUCCAUAUCCCAAACCUUCAAGGUCCUCUUCUUAACAAAUCCCACUUUCUUGGCCAACCCAAUUUCUCCAGAUUCAUUCAUAAAUCAAUCUUCACAAUUCCAAAACAACCCUCAUCUUUCAAAUCUACUCCCACAGCAAAAUUCAACCUCUAUGAGAUAUUGGGAGGUAGAGGCCUCUGCAAUGGAGAAGAAGGCCUCGAGAAAGAACUGAAAAAAUCUCUCGCCAACCCAGAGAAGGCGGCAACGCCAGUGGACACCCCUCAAGAGCAAGAAAAGCCACCACCGGCAUCAUCAGAAGAUGGAUUUGAAAAGGAGUUACUAGGCUUAACUGGUGGAUUUCCAGGCGGCGAAAAGGGACUCAUGAAGUUCAUUGAACAAAAUCCACCACUUAAGAAGGGAGAAUCAGCCAUUGCUGAGUUUACUCCAAGCUCUGUAAAGAAGCCAAAAGCACCUGAAUUGCCACUGUUAUUACCUGGAAUGAUAGCCAUUGUCAAGAACCCUAGUAACCCCUUUUAUAUGUACUGUGGUAUUGUCCAAAGAAUUACUGAUGGCAAGGCUGGGGUUCUGUUUGAAGGUGGGAAUUGGGAUAGACUCGUUACUUUCCGGCUUGACGAACUCGAGCGUCGCGGAAAGGGGCCGCCAAUGGUGAACCCAAGAUCUGCAAUCCUUGAGAGCAUGUGUCCUUUUGGGCUGGUCGGAAGCCUUUCCUCCCACGGUCAUGCUGAGAAGAAUGUUCGAGAAGCAUCCCCUGCUGCAGAUGUUUCUUGA